AUGCAUCGUCAAUCUCGGGAACUAGAGGCCCGCCGUCGUAGGCUAGCCGCCGAAACUGGACGUCAACGGGCGGCAGCAGCCCGCCCUCUUCAAAUCAUCACGACUGAGUCCGAGACCGAGUCAUUGUCGGAAGUGGAUGUGACAGGAUUAGGCCGUCUAGCUGAUUUGCCCAAUGAGGUCAUUAUGAUAGUCUUUAACAAUUGUAGCCUACGCUCUCUCUUACGACUUGAGCGGGUGAACAAGGCUGCUAAAACGUUCGUGAACCUCUUACAAGAUAUCGAGUAUAUCAAAGCGACCGCGAAGGGUAUCAUUCAACGCGCAGUGCCACAUUACCGCAACUUCAUGUUCACUAUAUUGAAGAUCACAACGUAUCAUGGAUUACGCUAUCUUUUAACUACCUUUACCUGCGAGACUUGCGGCAAGCCGGGAUCGUUUCGCAUGAUCAAAGUCAAGGUCCUCUGUGAGGAUUGUCACUGUCCGAGGAAACAAUAG